AUGAGCAGUUCUGCAGUUGCCAGUACAGGGACCCUCAGCGAGGGCUUACCCGUUUGUGUCCGGUGUAAGAAGUCUAUCACGAGCGGCCAUGCCUACGAGUUGGGCGACGAUAAGUGGCACACUCAUUGUUUCUCAUGUUAUAGAUGUGAGAAACCACUAAGUUGCGACUCAGAUUUCUUGGUCCUGGGAACAGGUGCCUUGAUAUGUUUCGACUGUUCUGAUUCGUGUAAAAAUUGUGGUAAGAAGAUUGAUGAUUUGGCAAUCAUCUUAUCAUCAUCGAAUGAAGCCUAUUGUUCGUCAUGUUUUAAGUGCUGUAAGUGUGGAGAGAAUAUUACUGAUCUAAGGUAUGCCAAGACGAAACGAGGGUUGUUCUGUUUGAAAUGUCAUGAGAAGUUACUGGCAAAGAGGAAACAUUACGAACAGAAAAAGAGACUACACAAAGAUCUACCCACUAUCCCGCCUCCUGUUCCGAAUAUAUCAGAGGAGGAAGAAGAGGAGGAAAUGGAGGAAAAGAGUGCUCAAUCCCGAUCAAGAGAAUCCAACACCCCCAAUCUAAUUAUUCCAGCACGAUCAGCCAAUAGACCGAUUUCUCCAUCGAGAAGUGGCAAUUCACAUUCACGGUCCAAUUCAAGGUCAUUCUCUAAUGUGUCAACUUUGAUCAAAUCCACCUCUGAAAGUGUAGUGGCGCAAUAUCUGAAUAAAAGCGAUGAUGACGAGCAAAAUACCGAUACCAAUGAAAACGAUGCAAUAGGAGAAGAAUCUAAACUUGAGGAAAACCGUCCACAACAUUCAAGAAACGUAUCUAUAGAUUUUGUUCUCAAUUCUACUUUAGAACAUGGUGAUGAAGAAGAUGAAGAGGAUGGUACUGACAACGUAGUGUUGGAAAUACCAUCAUCGAAUAAAGAUUUAUUGAGUAGAACACCAUUAAGAAAUACACUCAACGAUAAAACCUUUAAAUCUCCAAGUUCUUAUAGAAGAGGUAUGAUUCUUCGAGAUGACGAUGGCGAUGAUAACAGUUUGGAUGAUGGCACCAAUACUAAACAAAGUAUUGAGGCUAUGUACAUUGAUCCCCAUGAUUUGGAACCAAAACAAUUAGAUUUAUUGGAGGCACCAAUAUCACUAGCUCCACCAACUGAGCCUAAACAUGGAUUAGCUCUAAAUUUUGCAUCGCCUCUUCUCGAAAAACUCGAGAAGCAAUCAACACAAAUCUUUGAACAUCAUCAAACUACCACCACUCCAUCACAUCAUCUGAUCUCACCUACAUCUACUCCCCAUUCUGCAUCAAUUUCAGUAAGGACAGAAAAUUCAAAGAAUGACAACAUAGUCACACCACAGUCAUCUAAGCAAAAUCAUACGUCCCAUGGUAUUCUUGGUAGAUCUCUUUCAAUGAAGUCUAAAAAUCUGGUUCAUAAUCUGAAGGCUAAAACUAUUGGUAAUAAACAAGAAUCAAAAUCACUAUCAACGCCAUCCUCAGAGAAUAACAAAUCCAGUUCAAAUCAAAUUCCUACUCCCGAUACACAUUCAGGAUGGGGUGUAAGUUCGUUUAGUAAAGCUUCACAAACAAUAACUCCACGUCGUACAUCCUCAAGGGGUAAAAGUGAUACUACUGUAUAUGCUGCCUAUGGAACGCAUCCAAAUUCUAUUCAAGAGGUUAGUAAUGAAAGUAGCGAAGAUUCGAUGUUUGAAAACAAUAGUACUAAUAACAUAAGAAGAACAAGGCACGGAAGUAACUCCAUUCUAAGCUCACCCACCAAUGUGGCCAUGUAUACCACACCACCAUUAGAAGAUAUGGCCACAUUUGGCAGAUUGAAUUCAUCUUCAACUGCACUUUCACAUAGGAAGUCGCUAAGUUGGCAACUACAACAGCAAAACCCCAAGGCAACUAAGAUAACCAAUCCGAUAAGCGAAAUUCAAAAUUUAAAAGAUACGAGGUUAUCAAAGGAUGCCCGUCUUAUGGAUGAUACAUUAACAGCUGAACUAGAACUACGGAAAUUAAGGGUGGAAAUAAAAUCUUUAGAGGCAAGGAAAAGUCAAUUACUGAUUGAUAUUGAUGAGAUGCAGUCAACCAAGUGCAACCUUUCCCAAGAAAUUGAAUCCUUGAAAUUAGAUAAGGAAUCAUUUCACUCAGUAAGCACUUCUGAUGACCGUGCUUCUUCUCAACCAAUAGGUGAUGCUAUUCCAUUAGAAGAACCAUCUCCAGUAAAGCAAAUUUCAACUGCUAGUAUGGCGAGAACUGCUCCAAAACCAAAAUUUUGGAAGUUUUUCUCUUCUCAAGGUGGUAAACAACCUCCUCACUCAGUUUCAACUCAAAGCCUUAACAAUAUUGGAACCCCACCAUCAUUAUUUCCCACGGGGAAUAAUUCACAGUCAAGUCAACGCUUGGAAAUAUCUCCUCCUGUAUUGCAAAAUCCGAAUGAAUUUUCUGACGUUAAAUUGAUACCCCUGCAUACUGCAUCGACAUCUACAUCAGGCGGAGAUAGUUCUUCCGUGAAUUUAUAUGGAUCAACAUUGGUAAAUAGAUGCCAAUACGAAGGCACUAACGUACCUUUCAUAAUAACAACUUGUAUUACAGAAAUUGAAAGUAGUGAUGAAAAUUUGAAAACAGAAGGACUUUAUAGAAAGUCAGGCUCACAACUAAUAAUAGAAGAAGUGGAGUCUAAGUUUGCCAGUAGUACGUUUACCACUUUCGACAUGACGAGAUAUGAUAUACAUAUUGUAACAAGUGUCCUAAAGAGAUAUUUACGAAAAUUACCCGAUCCACUAUUAACAUUUAAAGUAUAUGAUCCCUUAAUGAGAUUGGUCAGGGAAAACAAACUGAUGGGAUACCUACCCUUGAAUAAUGAAAUGGACAAUACUCCCCUAUUUGAAAAAGUCAUAGAAGUACUUAAGAAAAUAUUAAGCAACUUACCAUCGCAACACAAGGAAUUAUUGAAGGUCCUUUCAGCGCACAUCAACAUGGUAGACCAUUAUAAUAAAUGGAAUUUAAUGACAAUGAAUAAUUUAGCUCUGGUUUUUGCUCCAAGUAUUAUCAGAGAUUUCAAUGGUGAUAGGGAUAUUAUCGAUAUGAAAGAAAGAAAUUAUAUAGUGGGAUUCAUUUUUGCAAACUAUAAACGUCUCAUAUAG